CAACAAGUUCCUGCUCUCCGGUACGGUACUCUUCCUUGGGCGACACAGCAGCAGUUCUGGUUCUGCUAGCGAUCGUUUUGCCUUUUUGCUCGGUUCCACUUGCUUGCCACUGUGCUGGGGUUUGCUUAGACAACCAGCAUUGCCGGGAAAGCAACAGGUAGAGGCCACGCCCGGCGAACCUGCAGGCCGGCAGCUUGCUUGUGCUAUAAAUGGCGUGAAGCGAGGAAGAGAAGGAAGAGAGAAUAGCUAGCUAGCUAGUAGGCCGCGCCGAACUGCCGCACACGCGCGCACAGACGAGGAGGAGGAGGAGGAGGAGGAGGCCAGAUAUGCAGGGCGGCGGCGGCGUGGAGCAGCCGAUGCAGAUGGUGCUGCGGGUGAAGCACCCGUCGUCGCUGGGCAGCAGCGCGGGCGACGACGACGAAGGCGAGGGCUCCUCCAGGUCGGCGCUCUCGGUGUUCAAGGCCAAGGAGGAGCAGAUCGAGAGGCGCAAGAUGGAGGUCCGGGAGAAGGUGUUCGCGCACCUCGGACGCGUCGAGGAGGAGUCCAAGCGACUCGCCUUCAUCAGGCAGGAGCUGGAAGGGAUGGCGGAUCCUACACGGAAGGAGGUGGAGUCGAUACGGAAGCGGAUUGACACGGUGAACCGUCAGCUCAAGCCUCUCAGCAAGAGCUGCGUCAAGAAGGAGAAGGAGUACAAGGAGGUCCUGGAGGCGUACAACGAGAAGAGCAAGGAGAAAGCGCUGCUAGUGAACAGGCUAAUCGAGCUUGUGAGCGAGAGCGAGAGGAUGCGGAUGAAGAAGCUGGAGGAGCUCAACAAGACAGUCGACUCACUCUACUAGACGCCAGCCAGCCUAUGCUCUGCUCACCCACCUCCAAUCCUCCAUCCAGAGCUUGCACGCUCGCUCGCCCUCUGUAAUCUGAUCAUCUCCGUGUGCCAUGGAUUCGUGACCUGUAUGUUCAAGGUGUUGUGUAACUGAUGUUUUUCAUUGGGUGGUUCUUUUCUUUUCUUUUCUUUUUUCCUUUGGUUUCUUUUCUUUUAUUUCACCAGUUGUUGGUUUGUGUCUCGCUGCACUGUCACUGUCGAGUAAAACUGACGUAUUUAAGCAACAAACAAGUACUAGCUGCUGUCUAAUCUAACAACUUUUUGAGGGUU